AUGAAACAAAGAAUUACUGCUUUGGACCUUCGGAUUCUUACUGGCGAACUCGAGGAAAGCCUUAUCAACUAUCGAUUGCAAAACAUCUACAAUGUGGUGAACUCUUCCAGACAAUUCGUAUUGAAGUUCUCUGUACCUGACUCGAAGAAGUCUGUGGUAGUAGAUUGCGGCAAUAAGCUUCAUUUGACAGACUUUGAGAGACCCAUUGCACCAGCGCCCUCCAAUUUUGUCACCAAAUUGAGAAAGCAUUUGAAAACCAGAAGACUCUCACAGCUCAAACAGGUAGGAAACGACAGAAUCUUGGUUUUCCAGUUCUCUGAUGGUAUGUUUUACUUGGUGUUUGAAUUUUUUAGCGCAGGAAACAUCCUUUUGCUUGAUGCGGACUUGAAGAUCUUGUCCCUUCAGAGAGUAGUCAACGACUUGGGUCCGGAUAAUGCUCGUUAUGCCGUCAACGAAAAGUACGGAGCAUUUGAUUUGUCUCUUUUUGAUGAAUCUGAGCCUUACAUCCCGAGAGAGUAUGCCGCUGCAGAAAUUAAGCAAUGGAUAUCUGCUCACAAGCAGAAGCUCUUAGAGACUCCAAUGGACAAGAAGAAGAAGAAGGUUUUUUCAAUCAAUAAGCUUGUUUUUGUCCAUAUCAGUCACCUUUCCAGUGACCUCAUAUUGAGAACUUUGCACGAAGCAGGUAUCAACCCAUCGCAAAGUUGCUUGGAGUUCGAGGAUGACGAGGAAGCACUUGCUAAGCUUUGUAUUGCUCUAGAGCAAACUGAGAUACAAUACAUGGAGCUUCUUGAUAAAGCUUCUAAUAGCAAAAUUGAAGGCUUUAUUGUGAAGAAGCGUAAUGCCUUGCACAACCCUGACGACAAAGACUCACUUGACUUCGUUUAUGAUGAGUUUCACCCAUUUAAACCAUACAAGGCAAACUUAGAUACUUUUCAAUUUGAGAGCGUCGAAGGUUACAACAAGACUCUUGAUCGCUUCUUCUCCACAAUUGAGUCUACCAAGUAUGCUUUAAGAGUCGAGCAGCAAAAAAUACAUGCCGAAAAGAGAUUGACGAAUGCUAGAAGUGAGAGAGAUAAGCAGAUCCAACUGUUGCAAACCCAACAAGAAAUCCAUGAGAAGAAGGGAAAUGCUAUAACUUAUCAUGCUGCAUUGGUUGAACAGUGUAAGCUGUACGUCCAAGACAUGAUUCUAAAGCAGAUGGAUUGGACUGAUAUCGAGAACAUCAUCAAAUUUGAUGGUUCUAGAGGUAAAGAGGAGGCUGCAUACAUUAAGCUUCCCCUUCAUUUGAAGGAAAACAUAAUUAAGUUGCUGUUGCCUGACAUUGACGCUAUGCAAGAAGAGGACGCGUUGGAGAGCUCGAGCUCUGAAUCUGAAAGCGAGACAGAAACAGAAUCUGAUUCUGAUUCCGAAUCCGACUCCGACUCAGAAUCUGAUUCUGAUUCUGAUUCUGAACCAGAGACCAGUAAGAGACUGCUGACCAAAACGAAGAAGAAGAAACAGACCACGCCCAGUCUUACAGUUGACAUUGACUUGAAUCUUUCAGCUUAUGCAAAUGCCAGAAACUACUUUGAUUCGAAAAAGAUUGCAGUGACCAAACAGACUAAGGUGGAAAAGAGCACGGGAAUGGCCCUAAAGAAUGCAGAGAAGAAAAUCCAGAAGGAUCUUGCUAAGACCUUAAAGAACGAGACAGAUGCCCUUAAAGCAAUUAGACCUAAGUACUGGUUCGAGAAGUAUUUCUGGUUUGUCACUAGUGACGGAUAUCUCUGUUUGGCUGGUCGUGACGACUCCCAAACUGAUAUGAUUUACUACAGACACUUUAGUGAUAACAGCUUUUUCGUUUCUUCUGACAUGGAUGGUUCUUUGAAAGUUUUCGUAUUGAAUCCAUACAAGACUGAUUCUGUUCCUCCCUCGACUCUCUGGCAGGCAGGAAUCUUCGCUAUGCUGGCCUCAAAUGCCUGGAACGGAAAGGUCAGCGCAGCUGCAUGGUUCCUAGGUGGAUCCGAAGUCACCAAGAAGGAGUUUGACGGCUCUUUGUUAGGACCCGGAAGACUCAACUACAAGGGAAAGAAGGAAUACAUGCCACCGGCACAAUUAGUGAUGGGAUUUGGAUUCUACUUCUUAUGUGAUGAAGAAACGAGUCGGUCAUACACUGAAGGCAGAGUAAGGAAGCAGGAAGAACAUGGGUUGAAGGUGGACAUCAAUAACAAGAAGCAAGAUUUGGAAAACAUAACAUUGAAAAAGGAGUCCAGCGAGAAGAGAAAUGAACUCGAGAAAAAACCUACCUCUGGUUCUGAGAAGGCUUCCAGUGAAGAGCCUUCGGAGUUGGGAACACCCGAAGUCGAAGAAAUUGAAGAUAAAUUGAAGAAUUCUACCAUUUCUGAAUUUGAAUUGAGUAAGAAAGCGAAUGUUCGUGGCAAGAAGGGGAAAAUGAAAAAAAUCAAUGCAAAGUAUGCUGACCAGGAUGAAGACGAAAGAAAAUUACGUAUGGAAGCUCUUGGAACUCUUAAGCAGAUUGAGGAGCUUGAGAAGGCGAAGAAACAACAGGCAUUGCGAAUUGCUGAACAGGAGAAAGAGAAGUACACCAGCAAAUCGGCACACAAACAAAAGGUUGCAGAGGAAAGAGAAUUACAGAAGUACUUGCAGAAUGAAGAAGAUGAAGAUUCGUCUGACGUCGACUACCUCCAGCUUCUCGAUUCCUUCGUAAGCAAGCCUGCCAAAUCAGAUGUGAUUGGAGCCCUUGUGCCAGUAUUUGCACCUUGGUCAUCAUUGAGCAAGUUCAAGUACAAGGUAAAAAUCCAGCCCGGACUUGGUAAAAAAGGUAAGAGUUUGGGAGAUUCAUUAUCGUACUUCAGCAAUAGAAAGAUGGAUGCUUCCAAGGACGAUGAUGACCUUGAUUGGCCAGAGGAGCACGAACUUAUCAAGCAGGCCAAGCCCAAUGAUCUCAUUGGUGUGUUUACGGUUGGAAAAAUGAAGUUAGUUCUUCCUGGUGGUUCUGCCUCUGAGUCGAAGGGAAACAAGAAAGGCGGGAGGAAGUCCGGCCGGAAGUAA